AUGGCUACGAACGACUCGGCCAAGCCAAAGGAUCCUCCUGAGGUUAUAGUAGAUGUUACAAAAAAACGGGAGUUUCUCCGUGGACGGUUUUUGGGGAAGGGAGGAUUCGCAAAAUGCUAUGAACUUAUUGAUCGAAAAACGGGGGAAAAGUACGCCGGUAAAGUUAUUAACAAGUCAGCCUUGGUCAAAGACUCCCAAAAAGAGAAAAUGCGCCAGGAGAUCAGUAUUCAUCGUUCUCUAAAACAUGAAAAUGUUGUUAGAUUCUAUGGAAACUUCGAGGAUAGUGAAUUCAUAUACAUUUUACUUGAACUUUGUAACCGGAGGUCGCUUUUAGAACUACACAAGCGAAGGAAGUAUGUCACUGAACCAGAGGCCAGGUAUUUCAUGAAACAAAUUGUCCAUGGCUGUCAAUACCUUCAUCAAAAUAAGGUCAUGCAUAGAGAUCUUAAGCUGGCCAACCUUUUCCUUGACGACAACCUAAAAAUAAAAAUAGGGGAUUUCGGGCUUGCCUCAAGGAUCAGUCAUGAGGGUGAGAAGAAAAAAACGUUGUGUGGUACUCCCAACUAUAUUGCUCCCGAAAUUUUGAGUAAAGGCGGACACAGCUUCGAAGUAGACUCAUGGUCUCUUGGUUGUAUACUUUAUACUCUUCUAGUAGGGAGUCCUCCUUUUGAAACUACUAAACUGGAAGAAACGUAUGCACGCAUUAAGCAAAAUGAGUACCGCAUUCCGAUUCGUGUGUCAACGAAUGCCUCAAUGCUCAUCCGCUCACUCUUACAUGCCGAUCCGGAAAGAAGACCAAAUAUGUUCAAUGUACUCGACCAUGAUUUCUUUAAAGACUUUACACCCAGUGGUCUUCCUGUGAGUUGUCUUUCAACAUGCCCCAGAUUUGAUACUAUGCAUCGACCACAAACCGGACGUCGCCCAUUGUCUGACAUCAAUCCCGUUGAGGAUGUUCCUAUCACCAGUGGCGGUGGUGCUCUUGGUAAUGUUGGCGGUGCUGCAGUUGAUAAAGCUGUUCAGCCGGAUGACUGCUGGCUUGGGUUACUUAAGCACAAAUUAGGUCGUGUAUUAGAGGAACCCAAGGAAUUUGACGACUCAUCACCAAAAGCAAUGGAAGAAAGUGAAGUUCCAGCAGCCUGUCCAAUAUACUGGGUCAGCAAAUGGGUUGAUUAUUCAGAUAAAUAUGGUUUGGGAUAUCAGUUGUGUGAUAACUCAUAUGGUGUCGUAUUCAAUGACGUGACAAGACUCCUUUUAACAACCAAUGAACAGAAUCUUCAAUACAUCGACGAACAUGGGACUGAACGUUUGUUUACUCUGUCAAAGCAUCCGGAAUAUUUGUCGAAAAAAGUGACACUCCUCACAUGCUUUAAAGCAUAUAUGCACCAGAAUCUUCUUAAGGCUGGUGAGAAUAUUGCGCGACCGGACACUGAUGCCAUGACUCGUCUACCCUUUCUUCGCCGAUGGUUUAGAACACGCUCAGCUAUUGUACUGCAUUUAAGCAAUGGAACGUUGCAAAUAAACUUCUUUGAUGAUCAUGCAAAAAUCAUUCUAUGUCCCUUAAUGCGUGCCGUAACUUAUAUUGAUGCCAACAGGGAAUUUAGAACAUACCGCUUCAAACAUCUACGGGAAUUCGGUUUAAGUAAGGACUUAGCAAACAGAUUGAGAUACGCACAAGAAAUGAUAGAGCGUCUCAUCCCAAAGUGCGGAACAAUUUCCUCCAAUUUAAAUGAUCCCAAUACAAAAAUGACUGUAGAUAAUGGUAAGUCCAACAAACCAGUUUCAGCGGAUGUACAGAAAACAAAUGCGACUGGGACUGGGGCAGCGACUAAGAAAAUAACCCGACCGAUUAAUCAAUAG